CAUGUGAAUGAUCGAUUCAGAUCGAGUGAGUGAGAGCCAUCUAGCGUGAGCUAUUUGAGUAGAGCCACGUCACUUAAAAGCAAAAUUGGAACGUUAAAAAAAUAUUUGUAAUAUGAAUAUUUUUAGGCUCACCGGGGAUAUAUCCCAUCUAAUAGCAAUUAUUAUUUUACUCCAAAAAAUAUGGCAUACCAGGUCAUGUGCAGGUAUAUCCGGCAAGAGUCAGAUCCUGUUUGCUUUGGUCUACACAACAAGAUAUCUUGACUUGGUAUCGUCAUAUGUGUCGAUGUACAACACAUGCAUGAAGUUUUUCUUUCUGGUAACAUCGUAUGCGACGAUUUACCUGAUCUACUUGAAAUUCAAGGCAACCUACGAUCACAACCAUGACACGUUCCGAAUCGAAUUCCUUGUACUUCCUGCACUUGGAUUGGCUCUACUGAUUAAUCAUGACUUUACUUUUAUGGAGGUUAUGUGGACUUUCAGUAUCUACUUAGAAUCUGUUGCGAUCCUACCUCAGCUUUUCAUGGUUAGUAAAACGGGAGAGGCCGAAAGUAUCACUUCGCAUUAUCUGUUCGCCUUGGGCUCAUACAGAGGAUUGUACAUCCUCAACUGGAUUUACCGUUACGCUACAGAAAAUUUCUAUGAUCCCAUCGCCAUCGUAGCAGGUGUGGUGCAAACUGUUUUGUACUGCGACUUCUUCUACCUGUACAUUACCAAAGUACUGAAAGGAAAAAAACUGCAGUUGCCAGCUUAAUAACCUAAGACUUAAGACGAUGUAUUGUACAAACGUUUCUCAGCUGCAAGGUAAUUCAUUUACCGAUUGUAUUAAAUAGGUAUAGAUGUUCAUAGAUUAUCAUUUAUAUAUACUAUCGACAUUUUCUUGUGAAGCCUUAAAGUUUGAGGGAAGUUUUAUCUGCCUGGCUUAUUCCUAAAGAAAUCAAUAAAUAUUAUUAAUGUAACAUUUACAUUGGAAAAUAAACAUUUCAAUCCUGAAAAGUAGAAUAUGAAUAAGUACAGGUAACACGGGAAAAUAAUUGUAACGACAUUGAUUACAAAUUGACUAUUUUUUGUAUGGUAGAAAUUGGUCAGAUAGCUUUUUAGCUAUUUCUGGAUUGUUUUUUAACUCUUUCUUGAAAGUGAACUCCCUGUGCUCUUCAUAUUAAACUAUAAGGUUUUCAUUGGGUUAAUUUAUGUUCCAUACAGAGUGAAUAACUGAAGAGUUCCAAAUAUUCAUUUGGUUUUCUGUAAUAAUUUUCAGACAAAAAAUAAUGACACCCAAGAAAAAGUUUAGGCAUGUAAUUCCACGAUACAUACAUAAGAUUUGAAUUAGUUGUGCUGAUUUCAAAAAAGGUAUUUUUUUUCAGUAUGAAUGUUAUAAAAAACUUUGAUUUUUGCUGCUGUUGUUCUUUACUGAUUAUAUCUUUUAUAUUUUUAUGUUUGUAAAUAUAGGAUUGAAACCAAAAAUAUUUGUGUGUGCUUAUAUAAGUCAGAAUCCGUAUCUAUAGUUUUAGAUUAUGUAAAAAUUGCGGUAGUUCUCAUUCUAUAAUAGGGCCACUUAUUGAUUGAAUUAAUUUUGACAUCUUCCUCAAUAAAUGUAAUUUUU